AUGUUAAAGAAACAAAGAUACGAGGACAAGGAAGUGAACAUGGCGAUACAGAGUGUUUCGAGAUACCCAAGCAGCCCUGCUGAGGCAACUGAGUCCCCAAAGGCAUCCAGGAUCAGCUUCAGCGUUGCGUCGAUACUGGCCGACACGAAAGCGAAUCAGGUCGAUGAGACCGCCGAAAUGAUAAGGCACCAUCGGACUAUACCAGAGUCUCCUUUAAGACAGUCCCCGGCAGCGCAACCCGAGUUACCCGGCGGGAAAUCGUUGUCACCAAGACCGUCGUCCCAAACUCCUCCCCUGAACCUCAACGCUUCCGCGACAGUGACUUCAUCGGACGAUGAAUACGAAGACUCAGUAAAUCAAGAAGAUUCAAUAGUUGAUGUAGAAGAUCUACAAAAUGGAAUUCCGAGCGAUGAUGAUGAUAGGACGUCUACGCCUAAUGAGAAGGAAAGAUUAGGACCCAUAAGGCCGACACCAUUCAGCGCUCUAGCGGCAGCGGCGGCAGCUUACCACGGCCUGGGCUGGCCCGGGCCUCCAACCGUCGUCCCAUCGUUUGGACCACUGUUUCAGUCACAUUUUCCUGUUGGACAUAUCACAGACGCCAACGGUGAGCCCCCGAAGCUGAAAUGUAACCUUCGCAAACACAAGCCGAACCGCAAGCCCCGGACCCCGUUCACCGCUCAACAGUUGCGUGCUCUAGAAAGCAAGUUCGUUGACAAGCAGUACCUUAGUAUAGCUGAGAGAGCUGAGUUCUCAUCGUCUCUUGGACUAUCAGAAACACAGGUCAAAAUCUGGUUUCAAAAUCGUCGGGCUAAGGCGAAACGUGUUCAAGAGGCGGAGAUAGAAAAACUCAAGAUGGCGCAGUUUUCCCGCCAUCCCCACCACAUGUACCCGCACCCCUUGCAACAAUACUUUCCCCACCACUUGAUGGGCAGGCCCCUACCCCCCAUGAUGCCCCCACACUUAAUGCAGUCUUCACUACCAGGAUCCCCAUCGCCGAGCACGCAGUCUAAUGGACAGCAAUAAUUUCUAUCUGUUUUGUGGUCAAAUUUAAAAUACAGCAAAUAGACUAUAGAUCUUCUAUUGGCUGAUAGUUUGAUAUAGCUUUAAGACAGAUUUUUAGUUUAUUUCCGUGACUAAAGUUUAAUACGCUCAAAAACAAAAUUUGUUGUGAUACCCUCUUUGGCAAUUCGGUAAAACCGAAAAGCCGAAAUUAUUUAAUUUUAAAUUAUAUGUAUUCUAUUGAGUCCCUGCCAAUCGAGGGCCUUAGCUUCACUUUCAGUCGGUAUAACAUUCUCCGCAUGAAACAUUUAUAUUCAUAAUUACUUAGAUAAAAUAAUCAGCGAAUAGAAAAUUUAUGGUCUAAAGUGGUCUUACCAAUUCUAUGAUACCCCCGUAAUUAUAAAAUCAAUUUAUUUGGGUUAGCUUUAUCGUAUUCUUUGAAGGAUAUUGAAAGUUUUUACCACCUAAUAAUCCAUCAUAUUCUAUAAAAGAAAAAUACUUUAAAAAAGUAAAAUUGGCCAUGUUCGAAUUUGUUAUAUACGAUACAAAACUAAAUGUGUCGAAUGUAAUUGUAAAUUAUUUUGUAAAUAUAGCUUAAGUUAUCGUAUUUUAAUUAACAAUGUAUUAUUUAAUUAUAAUUAAUUUUUAAAUAAAAACCUUUAUAGAACCAAAUCAUAGUAUCUAUAUUAUACUUAUUUUAGUACAAAAAUUAUCAUUACGUCAGUUUUCUGAAAUUCACACCUUUUGUAAUGUAAAUAAAAAAGUUAUUUGUAAAUUAAUAUUUGUA